AGUAUCCAAAAUAUCUCUUAUAACACAAGGGAGAGAAAAAAAUUAGAUUGAAAAAUGGUUAGGCUUUCUGUUACAAAAAAUGGUGCAAACCUUGCAACAAUAUUAAUGGUUGGCAUGAUCGCUGCUUCGAUCUCGAUGAUGGCGAUCAUUAUAUUUGCGUGUGCAAAAUCUUCCACGAAACGUAAGAAUAAAAAUAAUUCAUAUAGUUGUGGUGAUAGUGAUGAUGAUAAUAAAGUACAAAAAACUCGUGCAAAAGAAGAAAUGUUAGUUAGUGCUAUCGAAAUUGCAACAACUUUUGUGGAUAUUCCAUCUACUUAUGAUGUUUGCGAUAAUAAUAAUGAUGGUGCGAAAGAUACUCGAUGUCAUGAUGGCGAUACAACGAAAAAUAAUGAAAUUAGUAUUGAUCGUAACGAUAAUAAUUAUGUUAGUAGUGACAAUAAUAAUAAUAUGGGUACAAGUCAUACUCAUGAUGUUAGCACAAAUAAUACUAGUGGUGGAGAUAGUGGUCAUCAUCAUGGUGAUACAAGUGGUGGGAAUACUGGUGGUGGUUGGAGCAAUGAUCACGGUGGUGCUAGUUGGAGUGGCGGCUAUCACGGUGGUGGCGGUUUUAGUGGUGGUGGUGAUAGUAGUGGUUUUAGUGGUGGAGGUUGGUGAUCACGAAUUUAGGUGCAAUUCUAUAAAUGUAAAAGUCAAAUAAAAAUUGACAUUU